AUGAAAGCUUUCUAUGUUUUCCAAGCAGGUGCAACGGCCUGUGCAGACUCAUUCUUCGCCUCGAGGCCGAAUGGCCAGCACAAAAAGAGCCGUAACGACUCAGAGGAGGACGAGCCUGAGCGCUGGAAGGCGGCGCGGGGCAAAGCCACCCGCGCCCCGAGGAGAACUGUCGUGGUUGGCGCCCCCGCGCCUGUUGCGGCGAAACAGCCGAAGAAGAGAAGUCCCGUCCAACAGCUUCUCAAGGUCAUCCGUGCAAGCAAGACCUGCUUGAUAGCGCUGGAGAUAGAGGAGACCGCGCAGGACCUCCGCAUCCUGCGAGCCAUCCAAAGCAUUCCGGAAGAUGAGAUCGAGAUGUUCUUUAGGGACUGCGGCUUCAAGGAGGAAACAGUUCUCCACAUCGCAGAGCUGAUUGAGGAGGGGCGGCCGCAGAUCGAGGAGCUGUCAACGAGCAUCUUGCGAAGGACCUGGUGCCUGGUCAUCCAGAUCCUGGUCGUCUGCAUCGCCAUGGUGCUAGCGGUGUCCGGGGGCUUCUUUGCCAUCUCCUUGGGCUACACGGGCGCCAGCUGCCAGUUCUCCGACUUCACGAACGGGACCUGCCAGCAAGGCAACGUCUGCAAGCUGCAGGUCGCGGCCUGGUACGAGGGGGGCAUUGCCUACUCCAGUGAGUUCAGCCCUCCAGUGGCGACGUCGGAGUCGGCCGGAUUAAAAUCCUUUGAUGCGAACGGUGCCUUCCGCUGCUGCAACUUCGCACAGCAGGCUGCGCUGCGGAACGUCAUCCCCCAGGAUUCUUCUACGGUGGGAGACCUGGGAGUCGGCUAUGGGUCAGGCACUCCGUGUUGCGACUUCUACAAUGACCGCAGCAAGGUCUUCUGCGACAACUUCGGUACCAUCCAGCAGUUUUCCCACUGCCCAGCCGCACCCUGGGCCUGUCGGCUAAAGCUUGGAGCAGACGAAAACGGCAAUGUCAGAAUCGACGAGCUUCGUGUCUGGGAGGAGCCUGUGUACGUUCUGCUGCUGAUCGUCGCUGGUGGGAUGGCCGGCCUGGUGCUGCUGAUCCUCGGCUGCGGCUUCGCCUGCCGCCACUCGCAACGGCUCCAAGCCUGUGGCCUCGCCGUCUGGCGCUGCUGCCGAUACCUCGCAAGGAAAGUGGGCUGCUGGCGGCGCUGCAAGAGUUGCUGCGGAGCGCUGUGCUCGAGGUGCAGGAGGGUGUGCCGCGUUUUUCCUUCAACCGAGGAAAGAGCAAAAGAGAGACGAGAGGCAAGGCAAGAGCAGGAGCGACAGCGGCAAGCUGCUUUCACGAACGAACUGCGCCGGUCGCAAACAUUCGGGGAGUUGGACCUGACACGGAACUCUUGGAAGAAUUCUCUUCGCCGCUGGAGCCUGACGCCUGAAACGAAGCCGAAGGUUCUGAUCCCAAGUCCUCCUCCUGUGAAGAGCCAUCCCAGGCCGAAGCGCAAGGCCAAGAAGACUCGCGUGGAGCGUCUGAAAGUUCCGGAGGCCGAGGAGGACGAAGCAGGUGGCAUGCGGACAAGCAGCAGUAAUGCCGAGGACACAAGUGACUCAGAGAAGUCUUCGCAGGUAUCCAAGCCUGAGAACGUGGACGACAUUCAUCCCUGGAGCAUCCAAGAUCUGGUGGAACAGGAGCCAUCGCAUCACGUGGAAGCCUCGAGCUACGCAGCUUUGCCCAGACUGGAGGAGAGGAUCAAGGCAAGGAAGCUCCAGGAUGCGAGAGCGCUGUUUGCGCCUUUCCUUCCCUGCGACGACACCCAGCUUCGAAAGGCUUACCUGCGCCUGGCACUCAAGUACCAUCCGGAUAAGCUGCCGAAGGCGCAGCGGGAUGCAGCCACGGCUCUCUUCCAGGCGAUUGCUGCCGUUUACGAAGAGCUUCUGAAGCCCUUUGGCGGGAAGCUUCCCAAACGAAUAAAGACUGCUGUUGCAGCGGCGGCUGAACUUGGAGAUGCGCAGGAGCUAGAGCGCUUGCUGAGAGAGCUGCCAUCCAGAGCCAACGAGGAGGACUACGUCGGUGUCUCCCCUCUGAUGUUUGCGGCGAAAGGCGGUUGCAUCGAAGCAGCAGAGCUGCUUCUGAGCUAUGGCGCGGACGUGCACUUCGAGACUCCCUUUGGUUGGUCAGUGCUCGUUUAUGCAGCACUCUCCAACCAGGGUCCAAUGGUCCGAUGGCUCGUGGCCAAAGGUGCCCGAGUCACUCCACAUGAGCUGGAGCUCGCAGCUUUCGGCGGCUACGAAUUGGGCCUUGCGCCGCUUCUGGAGCUCUACAGAGGCAGCAUCGCAGAGUUGCGCACCGAGGCCUCUGGGCACUCUCUGAUGCAUCUCGUUUGCCUGGGCAUCCUGAACUUGCCGAAGAGCAAUCCGGAAAGAUACUUGAUCUGUGCAGACUUGCUCAUCGACCAGGGCGUGCCACUAGAUGUCCAGGACAAGCGUGGGCGGACGUGUUUGCAGCUCGUUGCCGGCCAUCCCAACUGGGAAGAGCGGGGCUUCGAGGGCUCCAAAUCACACCUGGAGAUCGUGGAGAGGCUCUGCAUCGCCAAGGCGGAUCCCAGAAAGUCCGACAGACAUGGCAACUCCGCCUUGUCGCUAGCAAGACGGCGUGGGCUUCGCCGUGUCGAGGAGGUGCUGCUCAAGUUCGGCGAGAUCGGAGAGCACAAUUGCAAGCUCUGA